UCUCUACCGGAAGUGUUAACUGUGUAAUUAGACACCACCUUGUCGGUCUCGGCUGCUGAUCGAUCCUGUUAACAGUCGGUGGAUUAUAUCAGAACCCCGUCAAACGGCAGCUUUAGCCCGUUUUCGGACAGUUUUUCUUUCUCCUGUCGCUUCCCGGCUUGAUGUUAAGAUGGCGGCUGUUUCAGCGGGUUCCGGUUUCGGCAGCCUUGAGACUUUAAACCAAAAAUGAACCCACAGUUCAGUUAGAUCAUCAUGUAAACAGACAAACAGACACUCAAAGAGAGACAAACAGAAACUCAGAGAGAGACAUAUAGUCAGUCAGACAUAUAGUCAGAUAGAUAGACAGACAGUCAGACAGACAGACAGACAGUCAGACAGACAGUCAGAGAGACAGACAUUGUGGCUGUGGUAUCGUCCUGGUGGAGGAGCAGGCUGAUGGAGAGCGACUGUCGGAUCCCCGUGGCGUGCUGUCGGCCUCGAAUCCUCGCCCUGCACGCCCUAUUCUGGGGCCUCGUGUCCCUCAGAGUGUUUGGAGCGGCUCUGCUGAGUGAAGAGAAAACUGCAGCAGCUGCGGUCGCCCCCUGCUGGCUGCUGGAGGAGUUCGUGGUGACGAUGGAGUGUUCUCAGUGCAACUCCUUCCAGACGAAGUCGUGGUUGGCCUGCGGACAGACGGGAUACGUGGAGAGAGUCAACUGCACCAAAUCCAACAAAGACGAGUACAAGAGCUGUCGCUCUGCAGUGAUGGAGGAACAUCUCUUCUGGAAGUUCGAGGCGGCCAUGUUGGCUCUAACGGCGCUCUUCGCCGUACUCGUGGUCAUCCGGCAGCGCUGGCUCGACCGCCUCGCCUCCGAGAAGGUCCGCCGCCAGAUCGAGUCCAUCUAGGACACCGGGACCAGGACCGGGUCCGGUUUUGAGCAGUAUUUUAACAUCACGUAGAGUUUAAAAGUGAUGUGGACUCUGAGAUCCAGCAGGGACCAGGACUAAAGAACCCUGCAGAGAACUCAACUGUUUUUAUUUUUUUCAUUUUCAACUUUAUUUAAAGAGAAGUCAGAAACGAGACGAGCAGCAGUGACACGGAGACUCUGAGCUGAUUUCACUUUUCCAUUUUCCUUCAUCAGUAAAUUAACUUCUCUAUCAAUAAUCAAUAAUAUCAGCUGUUGGAUUAUAUUCUCUGUAAUAAGUUCUACACGCAGCGUGAAACACGAGAAUAUAAAAAUGUCGACGUGAAUCUGAAGAUGACGUCAUGUUUAGAUGAUGAAAAUUAAUUAAAUGACCUAAAGCUGAUCCGCUUUGAACUGGAGGGUUUUAGGACCCUGAGGUUGUUGAAACACUUUAAAGAUAAACACUUCAAAAUGUUUUAAAAAGUUUAGUUUUUGGUUUCAGAUUUUAAAUUGUUGAAAUGUGAUUUUGUGAUCGAAGGAAAACGUAAAAAAGUGAAACAGAUCAGAAGGGAACCGGAUCGCUCUGAUCCUGGAUCCAGAAAAGAGUUGAACUCUUCCUUCACCUGAUUGGAUGGCGUCACUUCCUGCCGGGCUCUGAUUGGUCAAACUGAGAUUUGAACUGAACAGAUGUGACGGACUUGUUUUCCUCUGAAAUCUAGUUUGUGAAUAAAUCCGAUGGAGAGACGAAGUAGUUACAUCAUCAUCAUCAUCAUCAUCAUCAUCCUCAUCUAAACCUGCUGUGAUGUCAGAGAUGCGACUAAAUGUUUCAUUCAGCAGCUGAUAGUUAAAUGUCUGAGUGUCUGUGAACGCAGCGCCGGUUAAAACAGACGGAGGUUGAAAUUAUUUUCUGGUUUUGAUUGUAAAUACGUUUUGUUGUAUUUUUCUGUUUCAGAUGAAAUAAACUGAGCCAGAAUAAGUUUGUUAAAAACUGACCAACUGAAACAUGUUUGAGAUAAAAACUUUUAAAAUGUUAAAAAACUAAAAUAGAAAAAUCUGAAAAAACUAAACAAAGUUGAACAUGAAGCAUGAAACAAAUUUAAUUCAUGACUUUGUGUUUCUGUUCAACAUUUCAAUGAUUUUAUCUCUGAAGUUAAAGAAUAAACUGACUGUAUCUCA